AUGGCUUCCAGCAGCAGAAACGAUGGGGAACUAUCUAAGAAAUGGGCUGAUAUGUGUCUGGACGAAGAAGAAGAUACAGAGGCCAUUUUCGACGAAGAAGACGGUGAUGAAACAGAACCCGAUUUGGACGACCGCUGGUGUUUGAUAGGAAGGCUAUUGACAGGCAAAGUUUCGGACUUCCUGGUCUUCCAAAACAUAAUGGCCGAUCUUUGGAAACCCGGAAAAGGCAUGUACGUGAAGAUACUAGAGCAGAACCGAUUCCUUUUCCAAUUUUACCACGAAAUCGAUAUUAGAAGAGUGAUCAAGGGCAGCCCAUGGACGUAUGACAGGAAACAACUUAUAAUCGAGCGCCUGAAACCAGGUGGUAAUCCGAAAAACGUAAUGCUAAAUACACUAGAUUUGUGGGUGCAAAUCCAUGAUUUGCAAUCGGGAUUUCGAACGGAGAAAGCUAUCCUCGAGGCAGGUCGAUUCAUUGGCGAGUAUUUAGAGGCUGAUCCGAACAACUUCACCGGCGUUUGGCGAGAAUACUUUAGAGUUCGGGUGCGGAUUAACAUUACCAUUCCAUUGAAACGGAGGAUGAAAUUCAGACGCAGGGGGAAUGAUACGUUCUUUUAUGCCAACUUCAAAUAUGAGAAGGUCCCCACAUUUUGCUUUAUUUGUGGAUUGCUAGGACACUCCGAAAACUUCUGCUCUAAGCUCUACGAUACACCCGCGGAUGAGAUAGUGAAGCCGUAUGGGUUGUGGAUGAAGGCUCCUAAUCGGCGGCAAAAUUUUUUGACAGCCUCACCAUGGCUGCGAUCGGGGAAGACAGCCGCUCAGGCCAGCAACGAGGUGCCCACUGAUGAAGCAAUCAACAUUAACUCACCUUCCCAAUUUGCGCCUGAAUCAAAGAACAAAUCGCAUCCUAUGGAAUCAGAUCGUGACAUAUCCGUGAAUGAAGGUACAGUGGUUAUUUUAAAGGAAAGUGGUAUUAAAUUCUCUUCUGACUUGGAAUUUGAAAUAUCAGAAGGGAAAAGGAAAAGAAUGGACUCUCUCUUUAUUGGGCCUAUUAAUAAUAAUAGUGGGCUGGUGGAAUCAAGCAUUACUCUUGCUACUUUGAAAAAUACCACAAAUUCAGAGGGCAGCUCAAAAAACGUUUCAAUGGUGGGUUCUGGUGUCCAGGCCCACCAAUCAUUAUGA